CACUCACACAGACACACACCUCCUACACUCCUAUUCUCUCACUCUCUCUAUUGCUCUCUGUCUAUCUUAUACGCCGCCUACACUCACACAAACACAGCGAAGCACACAUACACACUCACACACAUUGACAUAUUCGUAUUUAUAUGCGCGAAAAGUGUAAGCUUUGUUGUUGCUGCUGCUGCUGCGCCGCCCAGGAAGAAAGGACGUGGAGCAAAUCUGCUGAGCUGAGGAGCAAAUGGCAGUCCCUUUAAGCGGGCGCUUUUGAGAGAGAGAGAGAGACAUGUCGUAAUGGCCAGAGAGGAGUCUCGCGGCAAGAGACCACUGAAAAUUUGGGAUAGUUGGCGAAAUGUGCGCAAGGGUGUUGUAGUUGGAACAUUUGAAGAGCUCUUGGUACGCGGCAAGGAUAAAUUGGGGGUUCCGUCUUCAGAGCCAGUGCGCGUUGUUCUGGAGUGCGAUGGAACCCAAAUUGAGGAUGGGGAAUAUUUUCGAACCCUGGCCAACAAUACGGUCUUAUUGCUGUUGAGGCAGGGCGAGCGUUGGUAUCCCACCGGUGUGGAUGUCAUAAAAGCUGCCAUCUCAGCUAUACCAAAAAUCGUCUGUGAGACGAUUCAUGCUUUGGAACUGCAUGAUGAGACACCAUCGUGGAAGAUUAUGGAUAACAAAGGGCGUGUCACAGUGGUUUUGCAUUGGGAUCAGCGACAAGGAGGCGGAGGCAGUAGUGGAGGAGGCGGCGGCGGCGGCGGACUCCUCACCUCGGACAAGUAUUCGCCAUCAAAGAAGGGGCUAUCGGCACAAAGUUCAUUGGACAACAAAUCUGUUUCAUCACAAUCCUCCACACAGCCACGAUAUGCCAGCCCACAAAUAACGGUAAUCAGUGACGAUGGACCGGCUAGUAUAUACCAUCCAGGUGGCGUUGUAUUGCCACCUGGCGUUGUGAUACCUGGCGGCAGUCGUCGCCUCUCCAAGCAGGGCGGUGGCGGUGGCUCAUUUGAUGCUGUCCAUGUGCAUACGCCCGAAUGUGCCCAUCACGCCCACACACCCAGCCGGGCGGGCAGUCCGAGCACCACGGAAUGCGAUUUCCAUUGCUGUGCCCUGCACGAGGAGGGACGCAAAAUAGCCGUGCAUAAGCACAGUGUGGCCACCUCACCCAUACAGGAUGGCGGCUGCAGUAGUCCCCAGCCAGUGGCGGCAACGGCGGCCUCAGCAUCAGUAUCAUCAUCGGUUAUGGAUCCUAGCAGCAUGGGCAGCAUGCAGCGCCGCUCUUCGGGGGCCAAGGGUCAUGUGCGUUUCUUGGAUAUAGCACCGGAGCGCGAUAGUUCCGAAAGUGAGACGGAGAAUACAGUGAUGGAAGAUGAUAAGACAACAACAGAAAAGUUUCUGCUCCUUAUCGAUCAGCUGUCGGUGGAUCAAAAGCGUCAUCUUAGCAUCAAGGACAUCGGCAUCAUUUUGGAGCGCCUCAAUUCGAAAAUAUUGGAUGUGGAGCGCUUGGACCGGGAAUCGGAAUCGGAUGAUUGUUACAAUUGGACGAUAAAGGCGACAAUACGCGGCGAUGCGCUACGCGAACUGGGCGUCAUCUACAAUGGCAACUACUAUGCCAUUUCCGAGCAUCCUGGCUACAAGGAGGAGCUCGAGGAGAAUGGCGAAGAGGUCGAAGAGGAAGAGGAGGAGGAUGAGGAAGAUAGAAUUUAAAUCAAUAACAAAAAAACCCAAAAAAAACACUAGAGAAAAGCAUUUUACCCCAGAUAUAAUAAUGAAUGAAUGCAGAAAAAAAUGCAUCAUACAACAAAAAACAAAAAAACAAAAAAUUAAAUGAAGGUUACAAACAAAUUUAACGAAUAACAUGCAAGAAGCACAUUGUACAAUAGUUAAGUAAGCCCAACAAAAAAAAAAAGAAAAGAAACAGCAACAACAUAAAAUUAAAAAACAAACAAAUUACACAAGUUUUGUAGCAUUUAGGGAACCAAUGUUGAAGCGUGAUGAACCGAAACCCCCCCAAACAGCAGCAGCAGCAGCAACAACAACAACCAUUUAAAAAGAAAAACAAACAUUGAAAAUCACUUGCCAAAACCAACCCAAAAACCAUUGUUGAAAUGUUAUUUAUGUUGUGCGUGUGUGUGCCAAACAAACAAAGAAAAAAACAAAAAGAGAUUGCCUUAUUUAGUUGUAACCUCCGCCAAAAAAGAAGAACAACAUGUUAACUGUAAAACUCAAUAACAAUUUCAGUUCCUCAAACAAAAAGAGUAGAUCAGACAGGCCAAGGAUUAUGAUCAACCAACAUCUGUGGGACUACUCUUAGUGAACAUAUAUAUAUAUAUAUAUAAAUAUGUAUAUGGGUUGCAAUUGGGCUAUUUAUGUUUGUAGUGCAAAACUGUCAUUAGUUCCCCGAAGGAUUCCCCAAAACAACAAACAAACAAACAAGAGUGUGAUUAAGGUAGAAUAGUUAUGCCUUAGCAUAAGUUUCUUCAUAACGCUCUAUCGGCUUAGUAAUGAGCCUUAAGUUACCUAUUAGUUUCUGAUCUUCCAUAAAGUUUCCGCCAUCUUGUAGACAGUUUUUUUUAGUUUUCUUGCACUACCCACUUAUAAAGUUGAAAGAGAAUUUCUGUAAAUAUAGCAUCCCAUAUAUAUAUAUAUAUAGUAUUAUUAUUAUUAUAACUAUUAAGUGUAACUCACAACAAUCUAUUCCUAUUAAUUACAUUUUUGUUUAAGUUAAGACCUAAUUGUUUAGUGAAUUUAUUGAAAAGAAAAAAGAUUAAAUAUUGGUUCCUCUUGAAUUGUUUAAAUACAA